CACUGUUCGUUGAGCAAGAGUGGUAGAGUGUGGGUGUUCUUAUUAACAAAGCCGAAAGCAUUUCACCUGCCCGAAAUAAAAAAUAUGGAAAAGCUCAAGCGACGGUGUGAGCAGCGCCAAUUGAUGGACGAGCUAAAGCAGCGACAGGUCAUAACGGAUAACCUACUGCAAAAGAUACUCUACUCUAAACGCCUGCUAGUGGAUCAUGUGGAGGCCCUUGAAUUAUGUAUGCAACAACUGAAUGAAACUUGUCCCUCCCCUCACCGACAACUGUUGACCACGCGGAAUGCCUGCCUACUCGUGGGCUGCUCCGUGCUAGAGCAUUUUAUAACUCCAAGAAGUAUGCGAAUCUUGCUAUUGCCUUCGGCCCUAAUCACCGGCACUUUUGGUGCUCUGUAUGCGGUUAAGAGUGUUUUCGUGUGCCGCAACAAGAUAGUGGAGCGCAAGUUGGAGCAGCUGGUGCAGACCAUUGAUGAGUUUGGCAACUGCAUAAGACGCAAUAUGACUUACUUUCAAGAGAUUAUCAUUAUGAAACAGGCGGAACUUAUUGAAUCCCGUCAAAUUGAACGUGCCUGGGAUUGCAUAACAGCAGCCAAAGAGGUGACCGAAAUACUGUAUGAUGCUACCCGUAAACUGGAGACGGAUUAUCCCCUGCCAACCAAAUACGGCCCAUAUUACGCCCCCAUGGAAGAGCUGCGCGACUGCGACUAUUUUAAAACCAACGUGACGGACUACAGUCCAAAGCACAUCAAGGAUUUCCACAACAUCUUUGCCUAUGUGCAGUCACAGUAUCUUCUUCGACUAGCAUUGACCAUCACAACAAGGCCGUCGAUUUCCCAGCUCAGUGACGAGUUAGUGAAAAUCGAUUGCCUGGUGCGUCAGUUAGUCCAGGAGGAGGAGCAACACUUUAGGAAUCUGGCGACAGCUAUGCAGAACAAGAAGCAACUGGAACUAGCCGAAUUGCAUGCCAAUAAAACGGAGCAACAGCGAAGUGGUCCCAUUGCAGUGCUGCAACACUCCUCCUUGAAACUGAGUGCCUGCAUGGUGGCCGUAGCCGGCGAGUGUCAAGCCCUAGAUGUUACUCUUCAACAAUUGACCGCCGCGGAGGCAGCCAACAAGAACAAUGCCAGCCAAUUGGCGGCAGUGGCCAACAAUAUGCACGGCAUUGAGAAUGCCUUGGCCGUUUGCUGUGAUGACUUCCAACGUCUAAUGCUGGUCUAUAACAAGUUUCUAAACAGCAAGCUCGAUUUGGAUAAUAAGUCAGCGUCUCCUGUCGCCUCAGCCCAAGAUAAGGAAUUCCCCGAGAGUAUUCUGCGCGUAGAGUACUCACAGAAUUCCAGUGAACCGCAGGAGAAGGAUGACUUCUAUGCCUACAUGUACGAUGAGCAUGAGGCACAAGAUUUUGACGCUGACCAACAGCAGGCACCCUUUCCCACACCCGAGAAGCAGUUACUCAAUUUUGAGAAACGCAUUACCAAGGGCAAGUUCAAGCCGGUAUUGAAGCAACUUAAGGAUCGCAUCGAUCCCAUACGACAGGUCAUGUUAGAGAAGGAACGUGAAGUUCUUGCCUCAAAGGGCAUCAAUGUGGACGAGCUAUUCGCUCAAACGGAAAAGGAACAAAAAGAUAAUCGUUUGACCGACCAGCAAAGGAAUUACGAUGGAUCUGUCUCUGGCUCGGAAUCGGACUCAGCUGAAGAAUCACCCGCGUUCAAGGAGCGCACCAAAAAACUCAAGGAACGUGAUAACUUUGCCGAAAUGCGUCAAUUUCUGGCACAAAAACAGAAACUUAAUUUGUUUAACUUAAAUGGAACGGAACCCAUACGACCACCAGUUUCAAUUGAAGAGGAGCUGCUGGAGAGCGAGUGUUAGAACCAUUUACAUUAACCAAGUUUUUAUCAACAUCCCCCAAAAUGUUUUUUAUCUGUUAGAAAUGUUUUAUCUGCAACAACAAAAAAAUAUCUAUUUAAGAUAAGCGCAACAAGAAGCGCUUCCUCUGAUAAUUUUGCCGUUGAUUUUGUUCCUUUUAUUUGCGUUUUUAAAGCUAUUUUUAAAUUAUUGCUGUACAAAACAAAUGGCACGCAAAUUAAUAAACUUUCUGAUGUACAUAUACCUAUAUAAUAAUUUAAA